CCUCCACUUCCGGCGAGCCGCCGGGGCGCCGCCAUCAUGGCCGCUGAGGAGAAGGACCCGCUGGGCUACUUCGCCGCCUACGGGAGCGAGAGCGGCGGCAGCGGCAGCGGCAGCAGCGACGACGACGACGACGACGACGGCGGCGGCGUCUCGGACGAGGAGGAGGAGGAGGACGACGGGGAGGAGGAGGAGGAGGAGGAGGAGGAGAAGGGCCGGGGCCGCCUGCCCGGCCCCGACGAGCUGUUCCGCAGCGUGUCCCGCCCCGCCUUCCUCUGCAGCCCCGCCGGCGGCCACAUCGACUGGGAGCGGAGGGUCCUCGGGCCGCCCCCGGAGCCCCCUAAGGAAUUCAAGCCCUGGAGGACAAACGCAGUUCCACCUCCCGAAACGUACAGCUUGAAAGAAAAGAAGCCCCCGCCCCCUCCGGAGCUGGAUAUGGCUAUCAAGUGGUCAAAUAUGUAUGAGGACAAUGGUGAUGACGCCCCACGGAAUGCCAAUAAAGUGCAUUUUCUACCUCAAGAGGAAGAGCUUUUGGAGUCAGAUGAUGAAAAGGACGAGCCAACAUCUAAAAAAUGCAAAAUAGAGACAGGAACACAGGCAAAGAAGAGGAAGUAAAAGCCACCGUGAAGUCAUAGAAGCUAAAGAGUGUUAAAGCUUCCUUCCGGAAUGUGAAUAAUAACGUGCCAUCAUUGAAAUGUGUGCCUGUUAGCAGUAUUGUUGGCCGUAUUUUAUUUUCAUAAAAUACCUUCCCUUUGGAGAGCAUUCAGGUUAACUGGUCUAUACCACUAUAUUCCCCUGAAGAGUUCUUUUUUGUAUUUAAAAAUGAUAACUUUUCAAGAUAUUGUGAUUUUUUUUUUCUUUUGUGCUUGUAAAAAUUGCAGGAGCAUUUAGUGAUCUACCUUGUGAGCCCUCACAAAUUCCUUAAUCCCUGUUCUAGGAAGCUUUUCUAAAGAAGUAUAUUUUAAAAUAAAUUGUAGAAGGUAGAAGGCCUGUGUUGUAAACAGUUAUGGUGCUUUUAAAUUGUAAUCAAUGUAAAUAAACCUUGGAAAGUAUUUGGACUCAUUCACUGCAACGAUUGUAUCGUGUGCAGUGAAAUUCCUAUGCUUAAAUGUGUAAGAUUUCUGGAAGGUAAGGAAUGAGUUGAGUUACGUCUAACUUAAUUUUCAGUAAUAUUUAUGACUAGACUUCAGAUUAUGUAUCUAUAGCAACGUAUACUAAAAUGAAAUGUUUUCUGCCUUGGAUAGUGAAUAAAAACAGUAUUCCUUGAAAA